GCUGAGUAUUUGCUGCCCAUUUGGUCAAGGGACAGGGGAAGGCAGUGGGGAUUAGUAGGGUGGGCCUAGGGCCAGGCUUCAGCAUGCAUGCAUCACUUGCUGCUGCCAACUGAUCCCUGGAGUUUGGGAGCUGCAUGUAUGCUGGGCUCCCUGGUUCUCUGCCAGGCAAGUGGCAGGAGCCUGAGUCUGCUUAGGCCUUGUACACCUAUAGGUUCCAGCAAGCCUGGCUGCUGUCCAUCUUUUGUCUCCAUAUACCUUUUCUUCUGGGGCCUCACAGGGUUCACUCAGUCUUGGGGGACAGCAGUUAUUGUACGGGGGUCUGCAGCCCCCACCAGGCUGAGGCCAGGGUCCUUUUCUUCCUCACCUGUGUCACCUGUGCAACAGAUGGCAAGGGGGAGAUGGGGCCUCACCUUGGACAGCUGGCUGAGCCAAUGAGUGAGUCCAAGCAGUUUGUGAAAUACUGCAGCAACCACAGGGCAGCAGGAAUUCACAGGAGACUAGAGUCUACAAGUCUGCUGGGACAAGGCGGGCUGGGACUGGACCAAAAAGUGCAAGCAUUAUCUAGACAAGGGGAGGGCAAGAAGCAGGGGAUUCUGGAGUAGGCACUGCUCAUGUAGCAGAUAUUAGGAAGGGCUAACAUUUACUGAGCACUUACUGUGUGCAUUAUGUGCAUCCCAGUGACUUUCAUAGUCUCUCCAUAAGGAUGGCUUGGUUAAACUCCAUGGACAGGUGAGGAAGCAGAGGUUUACAGGGUGACAAAACUUGCCUAAAGUUGCACAAUGGAGAGCCAGAGCUGAGCCCACAGCCCCGGCUGUCUGGCCCCAAAGCUCUCCUUAAAGACAUCAGUCUCAUUGUUAAACUCCUAGUUUCCCCAACCCUCCCAGGCUCAACAUCUCCUCAGACCCUUCUCUGCUCUGUGGGUUGGGGUCCUGGAUCUAGUGGGGAGAGAGCUCGGACUGAGGAGUGGGUCCCCAAGCCCUGUGCGCUGCCACUUGCCUGCUCGUGUAACCGCUGCAGCAAUGAUGGGUGCAGGUGCCUUGUGUCUGUUACCUCGCUGCCUCCUUCCCAUAGAUACAUUGUCUGCAUUGUCCAAUGAGUGGACUGAGGCCCAUCAAGGUCAGAGCCGCUGAGUGGUGGAGGGGGGCUCAGGCUGGGGGCUGCAGGACUCCAGAGUCAGGGUACCUGAGUUACUGUCUGUCCCAGUGCACCACACCCCAGAGAUGUUUUCUGAGUCCCUGUAAAGAGAACUCCAGGGACCAGACUGGAGCCAUGUUAGGCCCAUAGGCUGCUGGGAUGGUGGAACCCCUGCAUCUUCCUCAAGGUCUGAGGUCAGCCCCUAUACCCCCAUCCCUACACCCUAGGGGGACCGUGCUGGGGACUGGUCUCCUGCAAGUGCCAGCAGUCAUGUAAACACAGCAGGGCCUGGUGAGGGCAGCUGAGGGUAUAAACACCAGGAAGGGGAGGUCCUGGGGGCAGCAGCAGCUCCAUUUACUGAUGCCUCGUCUGUGUCCAGCUCUGGGCUGGGCCUCCACCCAGACACAGAGAGUGGCUCACAGCCCUGUGUGGGGGAAAGACACCAUGUAGUCAUAACCCAGCCCAACCCAUGUCAAACCCUGGAGUGAACAGGGAGCUCUGGGGCAGCUCAAAAUCUUCCCAGAGGACACAAUGCUGGAGUUGCUUCUUGAAGAGGAUGCUGAUUGCACUAGAGAGGGGAGGGCAUUCCUCUCUCCACUAGAAAAGUAACAGCAUGUGCCAAGGCCUGGAGAGAGGAACUACCAAGUAGGCCUGCAUCACUGGGACUCGUGGGCAGGGGGAGCUGGAAGAGAAGCAGGGCCAAGUCCUGACAAUCCUGGAGUGGCAGGCACCAUGGCCCGAAGCCGGGCUCUGCUCGUCUUGCUGCUAUUGCCGCCGCAGCUGCAGCUGGCAGCGGUGCUCGCCGUGAGGGCCCCAGGGUUUGGCCGAAGUGGUGCGCAUAGCCUGAGCCCCGAAGAGAAUGAAUUUGUGGAGGAGGAGCCGGUGCUGGUCCUGAGUCCUGAGGAGCCGGGGCCUGGCCCAGCCACCAUCAACUGCCCCCGGAACUGUGCCUGCUCCCAGGAGGGCGUGGUGGACUGUGGCGGCAUCGACCUGCGUGAGUUCCCUGGGGACCUGCCUGAGCACACCAAUCACCUGUCCCUGCAGAACAACCAACUGGAGAAGAUCUACCCUGAGGAGCUCUCCCGGCUGCACCGGCUGGAGACUCUGAACCUCCAGAACAAUCGCCUGACCUCUCGAGGGCUCCCGGAGGAGGCAUUUGAGCAUCUGACCAACCUCAAUUACCUGUACCUGGCCAAUAACAAGCUGACCUUGGCACCCCGAUUCCUGCCAAACACCCUGAUCAGUGUGGACUUUGCUGCCAACUAUCUCACCAAGAUCUACGGGCUUACCUUUGGCCAAAAGCCAAACUUGAGGUCUGUAUACCUGCACAACAACAAGCUGGCUGAUGCCGGGCUGCCGGACAACAUGUUCAAUGGCUCUAGCAACGUCGAGAUCCUCAUUCUGUCUAGCAACUUCCUGCGCCAUGUGCCCAAGCACCUGCCACCUGCCCUCUACAAGCUGCACCUCAAGAACAACAAGCUGGAGAAGAUCCCGCCAGGUGCCUUCAGUGAGCUGAGCAACCUGCGUGAGCUGUACCUGCAGAACAACUACCUGACAGACGAGGGCCUGGACAAUGAGACCUUCUGGAAGCUCUCCAGCCUGGAGUACCUGGAUCUGUCCAGCAAUAACUUGUCGCGGGUGCCCGCGGGGCUCCCGCGCAGCCUGGUUCUGCUGCACCUGGAGAAGAAUGCUAUCCGGAGUGUGGACGCGGACGUCCUGACCCCCAUCCGCAGCCUGGAGUACCUGCUGCUGCACAGCAACCAGCUGCACGCCCGAGGCAUCCACCCGCGGGCCUUCCAGGGCCUCAAGCGGCUGCACACCGUACACCUGUACAACAACGCGCUGGAGCGCGUGCCCAGCGGCCUGCCCCGCCGCGUGCGCACCCUCAUGAUCCUGCACAACCAGAUCACCGGCAUCGGCCGCGAAGACUUCGCCACCACCUACUUCCUGGAGGAGCUCAACCUCAGCUACAACCGCAUUGCCAGCCCGGAGGUGCACCGGGAUGCCUUCCGCAAGCUGCGCCUGCUGCGCUCGCUGGAUUUGUCAGGCAACCGGCUGCGCACACUGUCCCCCGGGCUGCCACGCAACGUGCAUGUGCUGAAGGUCAAGCGCAAUGAGCUGGUUGCCCUGGCGCGUGGGGCGCUGGCCGGUAUGGCCCAACUGCGUGAGCUCUACCUCACUGGCAACAGGCUGCGCAGCCGGGCCUUGGGGCCCCGUGCCUGGGUUGACCUCGCGGGUCUACAGCUGCUGGACAUUGCGGGGAAUCAGCUCACAGAGAUCCCCGAGGGGCUCCCGGAGUCGCUCGAGUACCUGUACCUGCAGAACAACAAAAUUAGCACAGUGCCCGCCAAUGCCUUUGACUCCACACCCAACCUCAAAGGGAUCUUUCUCAGGUUUAACAAGCUGGCUGUGGGCUCUGUGGUGGAAAGCGCCUUCCGGAGACUGAAGCACCUGCAGGUCUUGGACAUAGAAGGCAACUUUGAGUUCGGUGACGUUUCCAAGGACCGGGGCCGGUUGGAGGAGGAAGAAGAAGAGGAUGAGGACGAGGAGGAUGAGGACGAGGAGGAAGAGAAAAGGCGAUAGUGUCAGGGUGAACCGGAUGUGACGUAGGACAAUGGACUACUGGACCCCUUUCUGCAGUGCAUGCCUGUGCCCUGUGAGCCUCAACUCUGCCACACACACACAGGCACACCCAGCCCCAUGCCCACCAGACCCCUCAACCCCCAGCACACAGACUAAACACACGGUCUCCCAUCCCCACCCCUCCCGGCCAUACAUCCCACAGCCAGACAGGCACAGACACCACAACACACCCGCAAACAGCUGCAUGUCACCUUCCAAACGGGUCCCACUCUCUGCCCCACACCCGCCACUGCCAUCAUGCCCUCUGACUCAUGCACACUCAGGGAAGGGUCUGGCCCCACCCUGGCACUCACGGGUGCCCACCCCCUCUCCCAUGGACAUGCAUGUAUACACACACACACAUAAGUCACAUGCAAACAGUCUUCUGAGGCCUGUGCCACCGACAGCUCUUGCCCCAGCCAGAACCGGCCAGGACAGCUCGCCUUCUGCGUGUCCAUCUGUCUGCCCAUCCGCUGGAGAAGACACAGUUACUGCCAUGCUCUCUGUGCCUGGGUGCCUGCCAUGCUCUGGAACUCAUGGAAGCUGGCUUUGUUCUUUCCCUCCCUUUGGGGACAGGAGCUUUUGGAACCAGUGCCCCGGCCAGCCAGCCUGCUCCCCAGCUGCUGGGGCAGCCUCUCCCUGCCAUGGUCUGGCCAGCCACAGGCAUGUCUGAUGGCCAAGCCCCCCUGAGGGCAAGGGGGCCAGUCUGGCAUUGCUGGGGUCGUGCACAGGAGUGAGGUGGGGGCAGCGGGGCUGGGUCCAGCAGGGAGGAAGGGCCUGCUGCCCCAUGACAGGACUUCUUUAUUCUUUGGGCUUGCAGGCAGCUCUGGGUGCAUUCAGUUUUUCAUUCUUUUUUAAGAAGAAAGUAUUACAAAAACCUUGAACAAAGCUGAUUUUUCUUGUUACAGAAAAACUAAUAUAAAAGCACUACCCCUUUCUGGCAA